AUGUUCCUGGCACAGUAUUGCGGAAAUAAAAAGCAAAAGAAGAGCAUUGCCAGCCUCUUCAUCAUAAGGCAAAAGAAGGGGGAAACACUGCAGGAUUUCUUAUCAAGAUUCAACAUAGAAGCCUCAGAAAUAGCAGAUUGUCAUCCCGCAACUGCUAUAGAGACAUUUAAACUUGCGAUGAUUCAGGGGACGAAGUUCCAUACUUCCUUGGUCAAAUAUUCUCCUCCCGACAUGCAGACUCUCAAUGCCAAGGCCCAGAUCUACAUUCGGCUCGAGGAAAAUAUAGCCCACCGAGCGCAGCACGCCACCCUCAUGAUUGUGGAGAACAAGCCUCGAGAAAGAAUUCCAACUUCAAAGAUUCAGAAAAGCCAACGUUCCUCAACGCUGAUCAACCAGGCACCUGAGAAGAGACAAAGGGUAGAGGAAGGAAUUAAACCUCUCCAAACUCCCUUGGCUCGGCUCUUACAAGAGAAUAAGAUGAAGUUCACAACUCCGCAGCCAAUAAAGCAACCCCUGGAGCAAAGGGACAAAAGCAAGCAUUGCGCUUAUCAUCAAGAUUAUGGGCAUUCAACCAAUGAUUGCAGAUCCCUUAGGCGACAAGUGGAGAAUAUGAUCGCCAGAGGUGAGUUGGCGGAUUACCUCAUGACAAAGGAGUAUGCAAAGCCCCGCGAGGUCUAUCCCUACAAGGUAGAAGGUACGCAAGUAAAAGUCAUUCACGUAAUACAUAGCAGGUCUGAAAAUGAUCAAGAGUUCGAGGGGGUAUACAGAUCCAGAUUGAGGGCAGCCCACAAGCUCAGGAAGAUAUCCUCGGUCAAUGCUAUCGCUUCUGGUAGCAUCAGUAUUGGAUUCGGAGAUGGCGACCUAUCCAGAGUUCAACUCCCCUACAAGGAUCCAUUGGUCAUCAGUCUUUUAGUGGCCAAUUGUAUGAUCAAGAGGGUUUUGAUAGAUCCAGGAAGUAGCGCCAACAUUAUCACAAAGACAGUCUUUGAGCAGCUGGAGAUCCCGUCAUCAUCUAUUCGACCUACCUCCAGCCCGUUAAUGGGAUUCGAUGGCACAAGAGUAGAUCCCCUUAGAGUAAUAGACUUGUCCGUAACUGUGGCGAAGAAGACUCUGAAAGAGAAUUUUAUUUUAACAAAGAUCCAUCCUUCUUAUAAUUUCAUCAUGGGAAGAGGCUGGAUACAUCGGAUGAGAGGAGUUCCGUCCACCUUUCACCAGCAAUUACAGAGCUCUCCGCCCAAGUAUCUUAAGGUAGAGGAGGAAAAGGAAAUUGUGAAGCCCACCGAGGAGACCCUUGAAGCCGUGGAAGUCAUCCUCGGUGACCCUCAGAAGGUCACUUAUUUAGGCUCUUCCUCCACGUCCGAAGAAAAUGAGGCAUUAAUUGAUGUUAUUCGGAGCAAUGCAGAUGCUUUUGCAUGGGAUCACUCGGACAUGGUAGGAAUCAAUCCUUUAGUUUCCUGCCAUAGCCUGAAGGUGGAUCCGGAGUUCAAAUCGGUUAAGCAGAAACAUCGAAGGUUUGCCCCCGAAUGCAAUAGCAUUAUAGCUGAAGAAGUGAACAAAUUAUUGCAAGCAGAUUUCAUUCGAGAAGUGUAA